AUGGCACCACACCGUGGCACCCCCCUGUCAGACCUGCAAGAGCAAUACGUGCGAGAGCAAAUCAUGUCCGCCAUGUUCGAGCAUGUCAUGGACGGCACCUCCGGCAUCAUCUUCGAAUGCGCACCAAAGCAGACCGAGCAGCAAGGAGAGCAAGAACAGCGCAUCUGGGAAAUCGACAGCGACGAAGAAGAGAGAGAGGAAAAGAAGCGCGCAAAGACAAAGAGAAAGUACCAGCGCAAGAAGGAAAAGGCUCAGGCUGAGAGAGCCGAACUUCAGCAGCAGAAAGCAGAGGAGAAGGAUACCCUUGCUCAAAGCCUGGCCGACAUGUCUGUUCAGGACGCGCCUACUGUUUCUACCGACGAACCCAACUCAAGCAGCGACGCUCCCAACACUGCAGCUGCUACCCAGCCCAAGCUCUCGAAGCGUCAGAAGAAGACUUUGCUCAAGAAGACCAAGCAAGCCCAAGCCGCAGUCACAACUCCUGAACUCAUUCACUCAUCCAACGCUAGCGAUGUCGCCUCUGACUCCAGCAACGUCAAAUUCCAACCCACCAAAGACAAGAAGAACGAGGAGGGAAACAAGAUCAAGGACAGCAGUGUUCGCGAGAAGCAGAACAACAAUUUUGAAGGCAGAGGAGAAGCACUCGCUACCGACUCCGAGGUGGAGGCCGUCAUGGAGACCAUCGCAAAGCGUUUCGUUCUUGAAAUAUUCAAAGAGGGACCAUACCAUCGCGAGCAAAAGCUUUUGAGCCGCCUACGUCGUACACUGCCUGUAUCUUCCAUAUCUUCCAUGCUCGUUCCUAUCGUCUCUUGCAAUCCAUACCUAACGACCAUGACUGGUUCACUUGAAUGGAAAACUCCUCGCAAGGGCCGUGUUCUAUACGACGCCCUUCAAUAUCGCAAAACUGGCGGCGCUCUUCGAAAACUCACGCGGAUGAAGCAUGAAGCAGGAGUCGACUGGCCUUACAACGGCAGCGUACGGACCUGGCUUCAACAAUACGAUACUCUGGCAAAACACAAUCCUCACAAGUCUGAGAUCGAGCUUCUGGAUGAGGCAUCUCGUCGUCGUGGUCGCACGAAUCGAUUUGGACGUCCGGUAAAGAUACCUGCCGAUGUACUCAAUGAAAUGGCUACUGGUCCACCGCUCGAGAGUGGAAAGCCAGUUAAGUACUGGAUGGAAAAAUCGAAGGCCAGCAGGUCGGUGAUUAAGCGUGCACAAAAGCAAAUGGCGAAGAGAGCCACCGUGGAAAACUGCACGACGCGGGCUCAGAACAGCGAGUCGGCCGAACCUUUACGGUCGUAA